UUUACACUGUCAUAAAAUACUAUGGACAGUAUUAUUUUGUAAAACUAUAAGCAAAUCUAUAGCAGUCAGAAAAUAAUGUCGACGUAUUUAAAGAUCGCAAUUUAUUUUAUCCUUUUUGGAGAACUUGUCAUAAAUGUUAUGUCUUUCAAUCCAAUGUUUACAUACACUAUACGAUUUAAAAAAAUCUAUUCAAAACCUAACAUAACUAUUCAUCAUUAUUCGAUCGAUCAAUACAAAGAUGCACAGUUUAUAAAUGGAAAAAUUUCAAUCAAUUCGAAAGAAUUGAUCAAUAAUGUGAUUGGAGUAUUUUAUCGUUGUGAUUCAGAUGGUAUUAACUGUGAAUACUUUCAAACUUGGAAAAUAACAGAUAUCUGCCCUAAAUUAAAGGACCCAAAUCAACUAUGGUCCAGAUGGUACAAUUCAUUUGAUCCACCAAUACGUUGUCCAAUAAAUAAAGUAAACUAUGAACUUAAAAAUACAACUUUUGAUAUUGGUCCGAUGCUUGUGUGGUAUUCUCAAGCAACUGAUUACCAAUGGAAAAUACUUCAAGACCUUUAUGCUGACGAUAUAUAUGUUGGUAGUUACACGGUUGAAGCAUCAAUUUUUGGUUACAGAAAAAAACUCAAGUCAAUUUUCAAACCAUAAAUUUUAUUUAUUCUCAUAAGCUUUUUUUUUAGGUACCUAAAUACAAACACAUUAAUUGUACU